CGGCGAAUAACGGUGGGGCGGUUAUCUCUGGAGUUUCGAUCUUGUGUUGGGGAAUCUCUGAUUCAUCCUCAAACUAUUCCCCCCGUCACACGCGUCCAGCAUCAUGUCACGCGUAUCGGGGGCCCCUCCCCCAUUGCUUGCGACUCGGCUUGCGACUUGCGCAAUUUCAUCCCACUGCCCCUGGACGAUAAAAGUCGACUGCUCCAUAAAUACAUUACACACUGUACCAGUAAUACGUGUACAUUUUAUGCGAAGACGAUGUGCACGGUAUAUUUCAAAGACGAUACGACUUCAACGACUUCUCCAACUAUGUGCCAGAUUUACGGUCGAGUUGACUGAGGCUAGACUACAUAUACUACAUAGUACGAAGCGACGACCGAGAAUGAUGUAUUGCCAAGGACCGAUCUCAUUUGACAAACUUCAGAUCUUCGCGCUUGGCCCCCAGCGGCUUGGACUUGAUGCUAUGAUCGUGCGCAAUAGCUUGCGUAGCCUCCCCUUUCUGUUCGGGAGAGCGUAUAUGAAUCUGUUCGCCCUCGCGAUGCAGCAUCUUGCUGUCGGACUCCUUCGGUUUGUGUAUGACUUCGCCGGUGACGGGUGAGAUUUCCUUCUUGGCUUUGGCUCCGCUGCGAAGUGACAUGGUUGUUUGAUACGGGUUUUGCGGUUGUAGGGCUUCGUUGAUGGUUGGGUUGUAUGUAGGUGUUCGUUUUGUUAGUUUUGAGCGCACGAGGGGUUGGUGGCAUCGUGCGUCCCCUAUGUAUACGGUAUAUAUACCGUUUUGACAUCACCACCUUUUCGUGUGGAGGUUUUGCAAGAAAACGGUUUUCC